AGCUCUAUUAAUUACGUCCACGGAUAUAUAUACCCGGUAAAAUGAGAUAUACAAGCAUUUUAAAUGCAUCAACGAAGAAUAUGAGGUUACUCUUAUUCGGCAAACCCGGAUCUGGUAAAGGGACGAUGUCACAAAAGCUGCAAUCGUAUGAUGUUAAUAUACUCUCAGCUGGUGACAUAUUACGGAAGAAUGUCAGAAUGGGAACACCGUUAGGCCAAAAGGCGGAUAAAGUUAUAAAGCAAGGAAGCCUUCUCCCAGAUGAUGUGAUGUUAAAGCUUCUAACAAGUGAACUCGAGAAAGUACACGACUAUCACUGGAUACUAGACGGUUUUCCUAGAACGAUAGGACAGGGACAGCUUUUAGACAAGCAAUUAGAAAGCAAUUCGAUAAACUUGGUCAUAAACUUGGACGUACCUGAUUCCAUCAUCCUCGAUAGAAUACAACAGAGGUGGAUACACGAGAAGUCCGGCAGGGUAUACAACCUUGGUUACAACCCACCAAAAGUAGCAGGCAAAGAUGAUGUAACGGGAGAAGCUUUGACACAGCGUGAUGAUGACAACGUUGAUACAUUCAAAACCAGAUUGAACACCUACAGAAGCCACACAGAGCCAUUGUUGGAAUACUACCAGUCAAGCAACAGAUUGGAGACGGUUUCAGGAAAAACCUCAGAUGAGAUUUGGCCACAAUUGAAUGAUUUGAUCAAAAAUAAAUUUAGCUUUUCUUAAUUGUCUUCUCUUUUGUUGUAUAUUCGUCAUAAUAAACCAUCAUCAUCG